AUGACUAUUUUUGAUGUUAGUGUACAUAACGGAUUAAAAAGGAAAACCAUCACAUUAAAUAAUCGAGUACCACUAUUUUUCGGUCGCCGUAAAUGUACUUGCGGGAAACAAGCUGCUUGCUGCGGCAGCUCUGACUCCGAGAGCGACAUCGGGCCGAUAGAACCUCAGGAAAUUAAAAAUGAUGAUAACUCAUCUGGAGUGAAACUUAUGGACGUUGUAAAUGAAGUUACAGCGGUUGUGGCAGAUGAAGACCUUAGUAUCGUAGACGAACCAGAGGCUGUUGAAGAAAUUUUUCAAGACAGUAAUGUAAAUGGUAGUGAGUCUGGUGAUGCGGGUGAUGCUAGCGAAGAAUAA